AUGCAUUUCUUUCUAUUCGUCGUUGUCGUGUCGUUCACCCUAUCAUCCAUUAUCGAUAGCGCUUAUUCAUGGCAUAAGCCAGUGAAUGAUACGAUUAUAAUUGAUAAAAGAACGAAAUUGCUCGUAGAAAAAAUCGGUAAACUUCUGUAUCUGACGGAAACAACAGGCAUUGCGAUCACGAUUCCGAUUUUUCAAUUUGGCUGUGAUUUGCUUCCUCCAAAAUUUUACCGAAAAUUAAAAAUAUGUACCGAUAAUAAUAGUCCUGCUGUUAAAAAGAACUUAGCAAAAUCAACCGACCAACAAAACUCUGAAAUUCUUCUGACUAUGGCCAAUUCAUCGAAAAAAUCGUUCAACGACCGGUUUAUGGAUGCUUGGGAUAAUAUUGAUUCAAAACGUGCAUUAGUACGGAACAAACGACAGGGUAUAGAAUAUUUUAGUCUUGGUACAAGUGUCGUGGCACUAGGUACGUCAGCAUAUAAUUCGAUCCAAAUAUCAAGUAUAAAAGACACACAACAGCAGUUAUUAGAUCAUAUUUUAUCUGAUGAUAAAAUUUUACAAUCAACAGUGGCAAAUCUCGUGUCAUUAGCGGAUACUGGAAAUGCCAUUGUUGAAGAACUGAAUCAAACACGUCAUUCAAUGACAAUCCUGCAAGAUCGACUAGUCUAUUUUUAUAAUCACAUGAAGACACUUCAAAACGUAGUCAAUAUUGUCGUACAACAAUCACUACCAACAAUUGAAAAUGAAAUAUAUUAUGAUAAAAUUCACCAAUCAUUAGAUGAUUUGGUAAAUGGGAAAAAAAAUUUUGAUUAUCUAUCUCGUGAUGAACUGCGCCAAGUAGUUAAUACACUAUUUCAACGAUCAGACAAAAUCCUUGCACUGUUUGAUAUGCCUUUAAUGACACUUAUUAAUCGUCUAAUUGCAUCACAGUCAUUUUACUUUGUGUUAAAUACAGAUAACGGUACCAACGGCAAUAAUCCUAAAACUCCAAAUGGUGACAUACCAGUGAUAUAUUUUCUUGGAAAGUUGAUUAUAUCGAAUGUUGUAUUUAUUCCCCGUGCUUAUCCAUAUAUUGUCAUAUACUGCCAUAUAUUCUGGGCAAGAACAAUUCUGCUGCAGACUAUCUUUUCAGAUGGCAAACACUAG